UUGUCCAGUUUCGUGGUUUCUUCUUUUUUUCUCUCUCACAUCCUUUCUGAAUCUGUUUAAUCAAAUCCUUCCCCGUUAAGAUUCUUCUCACCAUCGUUCUUUAUUAUUAUCAUCCCCUCCUCUUCCUUCCUUCUCCUCUCAUUCCAUACCUCAACAAAACAAGGUUCAGAGACUUUUCCGAUUCCUGGAAGAAGAGAAGAGAAAACCUAAAUCACAGAUCCAUGGCGGAAGAACACCGAUGUGAACCUCCCGAAGGUCACCGACUCUGCGUCAACAACUGCGGCUUCUUCGGUAGCACCGCCACGAUGAACCUCUGCUCCAAAUGCUACAGCGCGAUCCGUUUGAAGGAGCAAGAAGAAGCGUCGACGAAAUCCACAAUCGAAACCGCGCUCUCUUCUGCCUCCUCGGCGAAACCGUCGUCGUCCACGUCACCUCCGCCGUCGGCGGUCGAUGUGCUCAUGGAAUCUCCACCGCCGUCUGCGGCGGAGGUUGAGGUUGCUGUCACGGUCACGGUCGCGGUGGCGUCGAGUUCUAUUUCCAUAAACUCAGGUUCGGUUGCGCAACCGAACCGGUGUGCCACGUGUCGGAAGCGCGUGGGGCUGACCGGGUUCAAGUGCAGGUGCGGAGUGACGUUCUGCGGGGCCCACAGGUACCCGGAGGAGCACGCGUGCGGGUUCGAUUUCAAGACAGUGGGAAGAGAGGAGAUUGCACGUGCCAACCCCGUGAUCAAAGCGGAGAAGCUGCGGAGGAUUUGAUGAUUUCAAUCUGGGCCGUUCGAUGGGACCGGAGCUUGGUGAUUUAAUCUCCACCGUCCUCGUGUAUGCGAGAGAAAGAAAAAGAGAGAGUGAGAGGGAAAAUGCGGUUAUUAUGUAACAUUAUGAUUAUGAUGAUCUGUGUUUUAAUUAAGACGAAAGCUUGAAAAGUCGGUUUGUCUGGUCUAGAAGGGAUGAUGAAAUGAACGAGUCAUAUUUAUUUGGCUUUGGUCCACUGUCGGGGGUGGUUGAAAGUUGAAAUGAUUUGUGAUAAGAGUCUCAGGGCAACGAUGCAGUACGGUGGAGCGUUUUAUUGUAAUGAAUGUGAAAGUGAAAUUAUUCUACUCCAAGAUAUUUUUUGUUUUUUUUUAUCCUGCUUGAAUGAUUUAUAUGCCUAGUAUGCUCUAUGACAGAGGAGAAGGGAGUGCGUUAUGUUUCCACCACCGACGGUGAUGAAUCAAUUGUUUUCAAUUGCGAGAGUGGGGUUUCCAAACCCGUAUUUCCUCAAUGUUGAUUAUAUUAAUUUUAAUUAGGUUUUUCUGAUUCA